AUGGCGACCAAGGCCGCUAUCAAGCGCCUCACCAAGGAGGCGCAGCUCAUGGACAAAGAUCCGCCUCCGCUCGUGUAUGCCCGACCGAAGGAGGACAAUAUCCUAGAAUGGCACUACAUCCUCCGUGGCCCUCCCGACACACCUUACGCCGGAGGCGAAUACCACGGCCAGCUCCUCUUUCCGCCCGAGUUCCCCUUCAAGCCACCCGGGAUCAAGAUGCAGACGCCCAGCGGUCGUUUCGCCCCCAACACCAAAAUUUGCACCUCGAUGAGCGACUACCACCCGCACACCUGGCAGCCCGGUUGGAACACCUCGACCAUCCUCAUCGGUCUGCUGUCUUUCAUGUGCUCGGACGAGAUGACGACGGGCUCCGUCACCGCCAGCGAUGCGGAUCGACGCAAAUUGGCAGCACAGUCGCACGCAUUCAAUCUGACUCAAAAGAAGUUCUGCCAGAUCUUCCCCGAACACGCCGGCCCCGAGAUCAAGGACCUGCCCAACAUGGGCGACAAGAAGAAGCCCGGCGAGGGAAGCGCUGCCGAUGGUGCAGCAGCAAGCAGCAAGACUGAAAAGGUGGGAUCCGAUACCCUUGUUUCGUCUUCGGCAUCGGAUUCUGCUUCCAUGCAGGGCCUGAAGAACCGAGCAACAGCAUCCAGCAGCACAACAGCAUCAAAAGACAAUAGCACAAGUAGUACCGGCUCAGCGAGGAAACCCGAAGAAGCAGCAGCAAGACCAAGAAACAAUGGGCGCCGAGAUCUAUUUGGCGUACGCAGCUCCCUGGUGGUGCUGGUCGUACUCGCCUAUCUGUUCAUCAGCCGGGUCAUGAACGCCAGUGCCAACGGGAUCAUCUGA